AUGACGGCAGAGGCGCUGGCCGGUCUGGCCUACAGUUUCCAGCCGCUCAGCCUCCAGCCCGCUCGGGGGCGGGCCGUAGAGCGCGGAGCCGAGCCGCAGCCACGGCCCAGGAGCAGCGGCAGCGGCAGCGACCGAGGCAGCGGGGGGCCGGCCCGCAGCGUGGCGUUCAACCUGAAGGAGCGGCGUCCGGGGCCUGCCUACAACUCGCCAGAGGGGUCGGAAGCUGGGUCCGGCAACCAGCAAACCAGCCCUGGGGCAGCCAAUGCGGCGGACGAUAGCGCCAGCGCCUCGUCUCGGCCGGCGGGCCUGGCACACUUGAAACUGGCCAGCCUGAGGCGCAGGGCCAUGGCGGGUAGCGGCGCGGCGGCAUCGGCACUGCCACACUCGCUUCCAGCAGCGGCGACCGCAGAAGGGGUGGUGCCUGCAGCCCAGGAUGCGGAGGCCAGAGCAGCUCGCCCAGCGCCCGACGACACCGCCGCCAGUCGCGGUGCGCCAGCAGCUGCCGUGCCGGCAGCGGCGGAGGCGGAGCAGCAGGCGGCGCUGCUGCGCGGCGUGGAAAGCGCGCUGGCAGGCUGCGGCUCGCAGGUGCUGCAGGAGCCCCCCCCAGCCGUGGCGCUGCCGCACCAUGUGCUGGUAGGCAUGCGGGUGCUGGCCACGCCGCCACCUGCCCCAGGGCCUGCUGCAGCCGGGAGCAGCGGCACACACCAAGCUACCAGCGAGCAUGAGGGCUUUCAAAUCGCCGCCUACCGCCCAGUAGCGAGCGUCAACGCCGAGCCGGCGGCAGGCGGCGACAGCGCAGCCCUUGAGCCGGCAGAAGCCGCAUGCGAUGCCAGCACCGCAGCCUGCAGCAGCCAGCAGCAGCCGCCUGCCACCCUGCAGGCAGCCCUGUGCUACCUGGGGUUGCUGGCUUCGCCGCGGCAGCAGAACAGCGUUGGGAGCCUGGUGGCAAGCAGCAGCAGCCAGGGCAGCUCAGGCAGCGACUGUCAGCUGCAGUGGGUGCAGCUGCGGGCGGUGCAGCUAGUGGUGGCAGCCAAGCGGGCAGCAGCGGUCGAUUCCAAGCUGCUGCCGCUGGUCCGGCGGCUGCGCCAGCUGCGCAUGCUCCUAGCUUUCCAUCAGACCAACCUGCAGCGUGGGCGCAGCCGCAGCCCUCGGGGCAGCAGCAGCAGCAGCCCCAGGCCGCCGCCCGGGCCCUGGCUGUCUGGCAGGUCGAGCUCGCUGGACAGCAAGCACCGCAGCAGCAGGAGCAGCAGCCCCGGGGCCCAGCUGCAGCCCAGGCCCAAGGUGGCGUGGCCCAGCCCCGAGGCUUCUGAGCUGCAGAUGCAGCUGCUGGGCAGCCUGCGCCAAAAGCUGCUCCUGAAGCUGGGGCUUGCUGUGCUCCGUCAGGAGGUGGCUGCAGGGCGCCUACGCCAGCGCCUGCUGGGACACGUGGCAGCCAGUGCGGCAGCAGACCUCUGCCACUCAGCGUUGCUGGGCUGGCAUGCAGCAGCGGUGCCCACCCAGCAGCAGGAGGCAGCGGCGCAGGGUCUGGCCCGGCAGCUCAGGCAGCGACGGCAGCGGGCGCAGCUGACGGCGUGGCGGCGCUCGGCCGCGCGCAGCGCCUGGCGGCGGCGCCAGCUUGCGCGUGGCCAGAUGGCGCUUCGCCGGCACUUGCUGGCAGCGGGUGUGCAGCACUGGCGGUGCUACUGCCAGCAGCAGCUGGUGCGGCGGCUGCAGGAGGCGCUCGCUGCUCGCUGGCUGGCGGCGUGGGGCAGGCGCCGCGUGUUUGCCGCAUGGCGGCGGACAGCCAGCCGCUCUGCGCUUCUGAAAUCAGCGCUGCUGAGCCCGCAGAUGCCACGUGUCGGCAGCGGGGCAGAUUGCAGCGGCGGGGCAGGUCAGCGCCCACAGCUGCCAUCUCAGCUGGAAGCGCUGGCCGUCACUGCCGCCGCCUUCCAGCCCAUCAAAGAUUUCGUGGCGGAAGCCGUGCAGCAGCUGGGGCAGCUCUGCAAGGGCCUGCGCUUUGCGGCGGCAGGCAGCAGAAGCAUGGCAGCAGCGGGCUGGCACGGCGGCUUGGAAGGAUGGGCUCGGCAGCAGCAGCAUUUGGGAGCUUCAAUGGGCUCGGUUGAGGCCUUGUUGGCACUGGUGCCGCCUCCCAGGCAGCAGCAGCAGGCGCCGGCGCUGCCUGGCUUGCCCGCCAACGUGACAGAGCAGCCCCUGGCAGCGGACGGCUCAGCCACACGCAUGCAGCUGCCUUCUCUGGCUGUUGGUGCGCAGCACAACCCUCAGGAGCAUCACAGGGGUGCAGCAGGGCACGCUGGCAGGGCCCGGCGGUCGGCCGCCGUGGCAGCAGACGCGCCCGCCGGUGUAGGGGCGGAGCUUGUCGAGUGCCAAGAGCGGGUGCAGCGCCCGCAGCAGCAGCUGGCGGAGCUGGAGCAGGCAACACGGGGGCGCGGCUUUGGGCUGGAGUCGGAGGGACUUCAGCACCAGUGCCGGCAGCUGGAGCAGGCUGCGCAAGCGGCGCAGCAGGCGGCAGGCAGCCAGCGGCAGGCAUGUGCGGCUGCUGAUGCUGCAAAGGAGGCAGCUGCAGCAGCCAUGCAGGCGGCGGCGCAGGAGCAUGCGGCCGCGGCGGCAGGGUGCGAUGCGCAGGAGCGGCAGGUGCAGCAGCAGCAGGGGGAUUGCCAGGAGGCGGCGGCGGCGGCGGCGGGGGCCCGCGCUGCACUCAAUGCUGCGGCUGAGCUGCAAGCUCUGUCUGGCAUGGGGGUGCAGCGGUGGAGCAAGGCUGUGGAGGGCAUUGCCAAGGAGCUGGCUGCCUGCCACCGCACGCAGCAGGCGCCGGUGAUGGUGCGGCUGAAGGAGGCCAGGCAGCGGCUGGAGCGGCACAGGCAGGAGGCGGCAGCUGCCGAAGAGCAGCUGCCGCAGCUGCAGGCGGCGGCACAGGAGGCAGAGCAGCGUGCAGAGCGGGCGAGGCGCGCUCUGGCGGAGGCACAGCAGCGCCUCGUGGCUGCCGCCGAGCGCCGUGCGUGCCUACAGCAGCAGCUCAAUGCUGCCAUGGGGCGGCACGAGGCUGCGGCAGUGGCAGCGGUGGCGGCUGCGCAGGAGGCGAGCGCCACGGAGCAGCAGCAGCGCCUGCUGGCCGCGCAGCAGCAGGCAGCUGCGGGGCGGCUGCGCCAGGCGGCACAGCAGGUGAUGCGCAAGCAAGAGGAAGCAGUGCAGCUGCAGGCGCAAGUGCAGCAGCUGCAGCAGCGGCACAGGGAUGCCGUGGCGGCGGCGCUGGCGGCAGCCCCGCAGCAGCGCCGCGGCGCGCUGAAGCGCCGCUUGCAUGCGGUGCAACAGCAGGAGCAGGGAAGCACAGCCCUGCCGUCGCCGCCGCCGGUGCAGCAGCGCAGGCCGCCGCCGGCAGCUGCCACCGCAGUGGCAGCCGGCAGCCAGCCAGGGGGAUUGGGAGGCGCAGGCUCCUGCUCGCCCCUCGUGCCAGCAGCCGCAGCCGCAGCCCCAGGUGGCUCCCGCGGGGUGCAAGCUCCAGCAGCGGGGCCGCUGGUACUGUGCCUGCCGCCCUCAGGCUGGUCCUGCAGCAGCAGCUCCGAGCUGGGCAGCCCAGAGGCCGACGCUGUGCCGCCACCGCCGCUCACGGUGGACGAGGCGGCGGCUCGCUUCUCCGCCCGCUGCCUGCUGCGCCGCGGCCUGGCUGUUCUUCGGCAGGAGGCGGCGGCCACGCGGUCAGCCAUGCUGGCUGUGGAAGACAGCUGGCGGCGGCGCCGGCUCAAGGCAGUGCUCCACGUCUGGCACAGCCACGCAGCAGACGCGGCCGCCUGGCUCGCCGCAGCCUCCGCCGCUCUGCGCCGUCGCUGGCUGUUGCGCCGCUGGCGCGCGGCCGCGUCGGGGCACCGCUGGCUGCGGCAGGCAGAGGCAGCUGCAGAUGGGUGUGCCCGCCGCCGGCUUCUGGGGCACGGCAUGCGCGCCUGGCGGCAGCACGUGCGGCACGAGCGCUGGCGGGAUGCUUUGCACGAGCAAGUGAUGCAGCUGCGGCUGCGUGGCGUGCUGCAAGGCUGGCGCGGCUGGGCCAGGACGCGGCGGCAGAAGGCGGCCCGCCUGCGUGCGGCGCUGGCGGUCUACCACCGCCGCCUGCUGGAGGCUGCUGUGCGGCAGUGGCGCUGGGUGCAGCACAGCAGGGCCCUGCUGUACCGCGUGUUCAGCACGGCAGUGGGCCUGUGGCAGGAGGAGGUGGGCGCCCGCCUGCACCAGCACAACUACCAGCUGGCGGAGGCCUGCUGGCGCGCCUGGCAGCUGCACGUGCUGCAGGCGCAGGAGCAGCGGCGGCAGGCCAUGCUGGGAUAUGCGGCAGAGGCCCACAGGGAGCGGCGCAUGCAGGCGGCGGGGCUGGCAGCAUUCCGGCAGGCGGUGGCAGACGCUUGCGAGGGCCGGCGCCUGGCCCGCCUGCUAGCCAAGGCGCUUGUCGAGUGGCGGCGCCUGGCAGCAACCUCAGACCGCCAUUGGGACUAUGAGGCAGCACGGGAUCAGCGGCGGGCGCUGCUGCUGCGCUGCUCGUUGGCAGCCUGGCGUGCCGCUGCCGAGGACACGGCGGGCCUGCUGGCACGCUUCUGGCUGCGCUGGCAAGUGCAGGCGCCGCUGCGGCGCGUGCUGCUGGCGUGGCGGGCGGCAGCGACGGCGGCACAUCAGGAUCGCGUGCUCGGCAGCGCGGCGGAGGUGCAUCGCGAGCGGCGCCUGCAGCAGCAGGGGCUGGCGGCGUUUGCCGCCCAGGCAGCGUCCAGCCGGGCACGCAGCAGCGCCGGCGCCGGUGCAAGCAGCCUGCAUAGCAUCCUGCAGCAGCCCGCGCGGCGGCAGCCAGCCUCCAAGAGGCAGCUGGGCACGGCUGUGGCAGGCCCCGGCACACGCCCCAGGGAGCGUGAGGGAGGAGAGUGCAGCGGUUGUGGCGGCGGCGGGUUCACCGCCACAAUUCUGAUCAGCCAGGGGCAUUGCAAUGCCGAGCUGCCAGCGACAGCUCAGCAGCAGGAGCAGGUGGCUCCAGGAGCUGCGGCAGCAGCCAGCCAUGUCACCGCAGCUGAUGGCAGCAGGUGCUUGGCAGCACAAGGUGUGGGCAGCGGCGGGACUGACUGGCGGGCGGCAGCCAGCUACUGGCGGCAGCGGCACGCCAGCUACAGCCUGCAGCAGCAGCCAGGGCUGUCGACAGCAUCAGGCGGCCAGCAGCAGCAGCAGCAGCAGCCGGUGUGUGUGCACCCUGGCACCGUUGCAGCGCUGGCAGAGCUGCGAGCAGAGUGGAGGCAGCAGUGA